CAGACGCAUUCUAAACCACCAGAAAAAGAGCCUUCCCCCAGUGUAGUGGAAGGGAUACCGCCAUGUACAAAAGACCCACACCAACAGCUUCCUGCCAUUCCUAAUAAGAAGUCUGCACCGAGCAGGGAUAACAUCACCUUGUCAAAAUUCGUGGAGGAGAGAACAACAUCUAUUCCCGAAAUCCAGACCAUCCAGCCCCACAAGACCCUGAGCACACCAUCGGUCUGGAGGAGAUCCUCCUCUGCAAGAAGAAGCCAGGUUUUGGAUGCGCUACAGACGAUUGACUCCAACAGAGGAGCACCAAAAGACAAUCUCAUGGUUGUACACUCUUGGGCAGAUGUGGUGAGAUUAGGUACUAAAAAACCACAAGCACACGUUGUUACAAAACAUGGUCUUGAGAGAAGGAUAAUAAAAAAGCAGAAGAGAUUAACCCCCAAGGUCAAGAAGAAGCCUGCAAACCACUCACAGAAUCACUUUAGCACAAGCUUCGCAAACUCUCCCUGCACCCUAGUGAUUGGCAGAGCUCAUACUGAAAAAGUGACCGAGCCUGUAUGGCCCUGUAUGAUGCUGAACAACUUUGUUUUAAACCCUAAGAUGGAUAUGAAUGAGGAUUUCGCAGAUGCACAAUUUUAA